AUGUUCAAUGCUGAAAAACUUGUGGCUAGAAGAAAAAUGUACCCACACUCUCCCUUCAUUAACGGCCCCCAGUCUAUGAACAUCGCUCAACCGUUGUCCAGGGCUUCAACAAUCGCAGAGCUCAGAAUCCAGAGACUGUUUCAUGACAAAUCCUUUCGUUCGGGCUCUCGCUUCCCAAGGAUCCCUGGCAUGCCAAGUAUCCCUGGUAUCCCUCGUCCUAAGAGAACUGUGUUCUACUACUCCACCUGGACAAGAAGCGGCAAACGCUUCGUGCCCAACUUGCACCUCUCUCGCCGUCAUUUUACCUCGGCUCCCCUGAAAAUCAGACACAAGACGAGUAAUCUUAAGAGUGGUAUUCAGAGACGCUUUUUCUCGACCGAGGCUCGCAAGAAGAGACGGGAGAAGAGACGCUUUGUGCGCUGGUGGACCUUGACGUCUUUGGUCAUUGUUUUGGGCGGUGUCGCUGCCAAGGUCAGAUAUGAACGCUACCUCGACGAGGACUACGAUGAGAACUACAGUCCGUUCGGAGAUCACACUGUCAAGCCCACCUCUUGGUCAUUGUACGCGUACUCAACGUUACCUUUGAAAACAAUGUCUCGUUUGUGGGGCCAGUUUAACUCCAUCAACUUGCCUGUUUGGAUGAGAAGUCCAUCCUACACUCUCUAUUCUCGCCUUUUCGGUGUGAACAUGGAUGAGAUGGAUGAGCCUGACUUGACGACAUACAGCAACUUGUCAGAGUUUUUCUAUCGUCGUUUGAGGCCUGGUGUGCGGCCCUUGGCAGACACUGACUUGGUGUCUCCAUCUGACGGUAAGGUGCUCAAGUUUGGUGUCAUCGAGGAUGGUGAGAUUGAGCAGGUCAAAGGCAUGACCUACUCUAUUGACGCCUUGCUUGGCUUGUCUACGACUCGUCUUGCGGCUCCAACCCACUCUCUUGAAUUUGACCACAAAGAAGAGCACGAGGCUCUCAUCAAACGUGAUGAGGAGUUCGCUCGCUUAAACGGAAUUUCUUACUCUGUGGAUGACCUCAUUGGGGGAGAAAGCGAGAAGACUCACCACAUUAACGAAUUGGAGUACAAGGAUGAAGGUGACCAGACUGCCAGUGACCGCAAGCCAACCAUUGGCAAGGAUAUCUCUGUGGCUCAAAACUUGACGCCAACCCCACUUGAGAAAGUCAGCCAGAGCUCUCACAGAAAUCUUUACUUUGCGGUUAUUUACUUAGCCCCAGGUGACUACCAUCGCUAUCACUCUCCUACUAACUGGGUUACUACUUUGAGACGUCAUUUCAUUGGUGAGCUCUUUUCCGUUGCGCCAUUCUUUCAGAAAACCUUGCCCGGCUUAUUCGUGCUUAACGAGAGAGUCGCUCUUUUGGGCUACUGGAAGUACGGCUUCUUCUCGAUGAUUCCAGUCGGUGCUACAAACGUUGGUAGUAUUGUCGUGAACUUUGACAAAGACUUGAAAACUAACGACGUGUACGAACACGAGGUCUACCUGAGAAGCUCAAGAGAAGCUUCCCCUAGCGAGACCACUGCGUUACUCGAGGAUGGGAAGAGCAUCUCGCUGGGCUCCACGGAUAACUCAGUGAACAAACCAAAGAAGUUGAAGAAAAACACCGUCUAUGAGGCUACCUACACGAAAGCGUCCAAGCUUCUUGGUGGGUUCCCCUUGAAGAAGGGUGAAGAGGUGGGUGGUUUCAAGUUGGGAUCCACCGUUGUGUUGGUGUUUGAAGCACCAUGUAACUUCCAUUUCGAUCUUGAGGUUGGUCAAAAAAUCAAGAUGGGUGAAUCUCUCGGUAGAUUCAAGUAG